UUCAUAGAUCGAAGAUGAUAUGUAAUAUGAGUUUAUAUCAUGUUAUUUGUAUGAUGAAAGUGUGUUAUUUCAUGCAUGAGGAAUAUGCUUUGUGAUUAUGCAAUGUCAAUGCCUAGAAUCUAGAAAAUUAUAGAGAACUAUUUCAUAAAACACUCUUUCCAUUAAAAACUAUAAUGAUAAUGAUGAUUCUUCUUCAAGCAUUCUUAUUUUUCAAUUAUAUGAAAAGAAGAGAAUAAUGUUACCUUGUGAUCAUGUAUUCAAAUAUUUCAAUAAUUGAAAAUAUAUGGUUAAAAAAUGACAUCACAUUUGUGUGUGUGUGUAUAAGAGAAGUUAUUAUUAUUAUUUAUUAUUAUGGUAGGAAAAAAUGAACAGGUAAAGUUGUCGGGAGAUAUUUUUUAUUUUUGUGAUGAGUUUAAUUCAAAUGUGGUCCAAAGUAUUGGAAGGAGACAAACUAUACUAAAAGGAAGUAGAUGCCAUCAUUUUGUGCCAAUGUUUUAAGAAUCAGUUGGACCAUUAAUAUUCAUGUGCUUGCUUUCAUAGAAUCAUUCUAUUUUCUAUAUAAACAACUUUUCAUCAAUCACCUCUAUUCUCUUAGAAUUUUCCUCAUUUAAGGUUGAAUAUGUAUGAAGGUGAACUUGUGACAAAGAAGAAGGUAAAUAGAUCCUUAAUGGAGAAGCUUGUUAGGUCUUGUGACAAAGAGUAUAUGAGAAUGGCUAUGUUAAAGCAUGAAGAAACUUUCAAACAACAGGUAUAUGAACUUCAUCGAUUGUAUCGAAUACAAAAGAUAAUGAUGCAAAAUAUGGAGGCUAGACGAGGCGUUGAAGUGAAAGAACAAGAAUGGUACUUUCGAAACGCGAUUAGCUUAACUCAAAAUGCUAAUCAUCAUAAAGAUGCACAAGAAAAAAGGACUCAAAUCAAAUUUGAUCUCGAAAGGCCAGCAGAGGAGCACAUUGCGGAAUCAGAUGACGACGAGGGGAUAGAGAUCAUCGAUGAGACGGAGAUUGAGUUGACAUUAGGCCCGUCGCGAUAUAACCGUAGCAAGAAAGGUGAGACACCAAUCACUUCAGAUUCAGGACAUAGCUUAUCUUCAUCUUCAACUGGAUCAAGUGGCAUACACAAGAUAAGAAGAUAUACACAUCAAAAAAGAGAAGAAUCAAAUGGAAUCAUUAGGAACAGCUUUGGUCUUGAAGAACAAUUGAGACAACAAGAGAGACUAAAACAAUCACCUUGGUUUUUUCAAGUGAUGAAUCUAAACAUGACAUAAGAAAAAGAAAACAUGUUAAUGUUAAUGUCAAUGUGAUAUAUUUAAAUUUUCUAGCUAACUUUUGUGAAUGAUGUUAGUGUUGUGUGGAGUGUUGUGUGAUCAAUUGUUAUCAAGUUAUGGUGGGGUUUGAUAUGUCACGCAUUAAGACCACUAUUUUACUUUGCACAGAUCCAUUACUAUUCACAUGUCACAUGUCACAUGUCACAUGUCACAUGCCACUCAUGUUUGUUUGGUCCACAAGGUUCUCACAUUCCAUGACAGUAAUAUGUAGAGUUUAUUAAAUUCUAACUGUUUAGAGACUAUGGAAGAAGUUAUUUACAGUUAGUAUUUGGAUAUCUUAUAACAUUAUGUAAGUUUCUUUUAGUUAAUUAUAACUUGUUGAAUGUUGAUAGAUUAUUUUAGACUUUCUUUUUCUGUGUGGUGAAUAUGUCUUUAAAUAUGAGGU